AUGAAAGGCCUUAGGGGCCCCCCAGUCCCUGGGGCCCUCCUGCAGGCGUGGCUGGGGGGCCCCCCAGCCAGUUGGAGCGGCAGGGCUUCCCACUCGCUGAGGCCUUGCAGCGUUGCUGCUCCUGCUGCAGCUUCUGCUGCAGCUCCUGCUGCAGCUCCUGCUGCAGCUUCUGCUGGCAGCAGCCGCUGCAGCAGUACGUCUUGUCGAGCCUCCUCAGCAGCAGAUGCCGACGCACAGCUCGCUCUAGAGCAGCAGCAGCAGCAGCAGCAGCUGCUGCUGCAGAUGCAGCAGCAGUGGGUACGCAGCGCUCCUGAGAGCCACGUGCUAGCGAAGCAACCACUUCGGGCCCACACUGCAGCAGCAGCAGCAGCAGCAGCAGCAGAAGACGAGCUGCUGCUGACGCCAGCAGACUGUGUGAACUUCUUCAAGCUGCACCAGGGCACGCUGCGGCCGGAGCGCUACCUGCUGCUGCUGCAGCAGCUGCAGCAGGCUCUGCAGCAGGACGCUGAAAGCAGCAGCAGCAGCAGCAGCAGCAGCAGCAGGUGGAGGCGCUGCAUUGAGGAAGAGGACGUGGUGGCGCUGCAGAAGUGGCUGCUGCUGCGCGUGGACGCGAUCCCGGCCCGUUUGCUGCUGCGUUGUUUGCUGCAGCUCGAGCAGCUAGCCAUGUGCAGCAGGCUGCUGCUGCAUGCUGCAGCGCCGCUGCUGCUGCUGCAGCUGCCGCAGCUGCGCCUCCAAGGGGCGCUGCAGCUGCUGCAGCUGUACGUACACCGCAAAGCAGCAAAGCCGCAGAUGUGCAUACAGCUCGCUGACUGGAUUGCAGCAUGCGGAAGCAGCGGCUCCUUGAGCCUCCAGCAGCAGCAGCAGCAGCAGCAGCAGCAGCAGCUGGUGCAGCAGCAGCGGCUGCAGCAGGAGCUGGGGCAGCACGAGCACCUGCAGCUGGAGCUGGUGAAACGAGAGCAGCCGCAGCAGCAGCAGGAGCAGCAGCAGGAGCAGCAGCAAGAGCAGCAGCAGCAGCAGCAGCAGCAGGCAACUCAGCUGCACCAGCUGCCUUCCUCCGUCUUGGCAGGAGCUUGCGAAGUAGCAGCAAAAAUGCCAGCCAGCCAGCAUGUGCUGCUCCAGGGGCUGCUGCGGUGUAUAUGGGCGGCUGCAACCUGCGGGGCCCAGCUGGACCGACUCUUCAAACAGGCAGAAGGCCGGCUUCUGGCAGCAGCACACUCAUUCGACGCGCGCCAAACUGCAACUGUCUUGUGGGCCAUCAGCCGCUGCAUUCGGCCCCACAGGCGCCGCUGCGGGCCAGCUGCAGCAGCUCCUCUCCAUCACUCUGCAGCAGCAGCAGCAGCACCAGCAGCAGCAGCAGCAGCAGCAGCAGCAGCAGCAGCCGAUAGGGAGGAGCCGUGGGUGCCGCCCACAGCACUUCUCGAGGCGCUGCAGCAGCGCGUGGAAGCCACCUUUGCCCGCAUGAGCAACCAGGGCCUCUGCAACUCCAUACUGGCCCUUGCUGCCACUCUUGGCCGCUCUUCGGAGAAAAGAAAAAGUCUUUUUUUUCUUGAAGAGUCUUAUCAGCUCCGCAUUGCUCGUCGCCUUUAUAGCUUUCAAGGGGAAGACAUGGCGGCGCUGGCUACUGCCUUGGCGCUUACAUGUGGGGCCCCGCUGCUGCAGCAGCGGCUGCUGUAUGCAGCAGCAGACGCAGCAGAGACCUUCAGCGCUACGCAGCUGGCUCAAAUCCUUUACUGCUUUGGGCUGCUUCGGGGCAGCAGCCACUUGUUUGCAAGUCUGCAGUUUUGCGUUCUGGAGCGGCUGCAGCAAUUCUCCGUUCCAGAGCUCUGCGACGUUAUUUGGGCCUACUCGAUCGCCCGCUUUCAUGACGCCAACUUCUGGGCGCCGUGUCUUUCCAUUUUGCCUUUGGAAAGACUUCCUGGAGACGACCGCUGUGCGCUGCUGUUUCCGGCGGUGGAUGAAAUAGUGGGGGAAGCCUUCUGGGCCCUGCAGCUCGAGGAGCAUCCUGCAAACUUUGCGGAGCACGUGGCCGCCGUUCUGCAGUCACUGGGCUAUAACUCCAAGCUAAGGGCUGAUGCCUCGGGGCACCUCAUAGACGUUUUGCUGCAGCUGCCGCUGCAGCAAGGGGGCCCCUCUGGGGGCCCCACUGAUAGUCCCACCCAGGGCCUCCCCGGGGGGCCCCCAAGGGGGGCCCCAAACAGCCCCCUUGAAGAGUCCUCUGGGGGCCCCCUUGAGGGCCUCCAGAGUGUCACUGAGGCCCCCUCUGGGGGCCCCUCUGGGGGCCCCUCUGGGGGCCCCUCUGGGGGCCCCUCUGGGGGCCCCUCUGGGGGCCCCUCUGGGGGCCCCUCUGGCUGGGGGCCCCUCUGGGGGCCCCAGUGCCCCUGA